CCUGACUAGGUAGGUGGUUAAACCUGGGUGCGGUGGCAACUUUAGCUGGUGGCGGAAAAGAUAUCCUGCCCAGAUACGGAGUAUCUCACCUAGUAAACUCAAUUUUCAGUUAGCCUCAAACACGCAAACCAAUCCCCCAUCCCAAGACCGUUGGUUGCUUCGCCGUCUGGAGCCUAGGUACGCUACGCUGUCGGGACGGCAGCCCUACUUUGGUCUUUUACCUCCCACCAAAGUCGCCCCGGAGAGUGAAUCUCGAGUUGAGACUCAAAGUCAUGGAGUCCCCGUUCUUUGACCGAGAGCCCAAGCCCCAGGCCGCAAGCUUUCGAGGGCGCCUGCAGCUGCAGGACUACAUGUUCAAUGCGACGACGUCCGCGCCACCUGGAGGGGAAGCAGUCGGAACACCCGCGACAGCCGCAAGUCCAGGUCUCCCACCAUCCCCGACGCCGCUUCGCCGCACUCCUCGGAAGUUAACCCCACUCGGGCCCGUCCCAUCUCCGAACCGCGUUAGCAAGCACCGCAACGCCUCCGGCAGGAACAACAGCAACAGCGCCGCCGCCGCCGCCGCCGCCGUCAUCAAACCCGCGGCAUCAACGCCGGAGCCCUCCCAGAAGACGCCUCCGCCCCCGGCCUCCGGCGUCCUCUCGUCCAACCCCGAGUCCCCGGGCUCGGACUCCAUUGACCUCGCCCUCGUCCCAGCAAACACCACCCCGCCCGCCAGGAACGCCAAGCCGAAACGCAGGCGGAAAGCGGCAGGCUACGCUCCGCCCUCGACCUACGCCCACCUCCCAUACCUGACGGACAUCCUUUCCCCCGGUCUCCUGGUCCUCUUCGUGGGCCUGAACCCGGGCCUCCGCACCGCCGCCCUCGGCCACGUUUACGCCCACCCCUCCAACCUCUUCUGGAAGCUCCUCCACUCGUCGGGCAUCACCCCGCGCCUGUGCGCGCCCACCGAGGACCGCGAUCUGCCGCGGCUCUACGGCCUGGGGAACACAAACAUCGUCGCCCGCCCGAGCCGCAACGGCGCGGAGUUGUCCAAGGCGGAGAUGGACGAGGGCGUGGAUGUGCUCGAGGACAAGGUCCGGGGGUGCCGGCCCGAGGUGGUCUGCAUCGUCGGCAAGGGCAUCUGGGAGAGCAUCUGGCGGGUGCGGCGCGGGAGGGGGAUCCGGAAAGAGGAGUUCCGGUACGGAUGGCAGGACGAGAGGGAGAACAUGGGUGUCGUCGUCGCCGCGACAGGGGGAGAGGCGGCCGCCGACGGUGCGUCGCCGACGGCUUGGGCAGGGGCCAGGGUGUUUGUGGCGACGAGCACGAGCGGGCUGGCCGCUACGCUUCGCCCGGCGGAGAAGGAGAAGAUUUGGAGGGAGCUGGGGGAGUGGUGUGAGAGGAGGCGGGCUGAGAGAGGUGCAGAGGCGUCGUGAGCAUUACGCAGAGUGCUUGAUCAUUCACGAAAAGAGCGUGGGUUGAGCAAUUACCCAAGAGCUUACAGCCGUCAUGGGACGAAUCACUAUCGAUACAAC